AUGCAAGAACAGAUUCCCUGGUCCACCUGUGGGAACGAAUGGAAUACUUGUUACUGUAGAACUUCCGACAUGAACACCACUUUGGAUGACCCUCUUUUAUGGUUUAAUUCCACCGGACUGAACUGCAGUGGCAUUGCUUUUAACGGAACAAAAGUUUUUAGUUCAAGCGAGGAGUAUUAUAACAAUUACGUCUUGGAGAAAACGGCCUCAAUAGCUGAACCAGGGAAAAUCAAGUGGGAUUUGACCUUGUGCAAUCUGUUGGCAUGGGUGAUCAUCGGUAUCUGCCUCAUUAAAGGUGUUAAAAGCAUGGGAAAGGCUGUAUAUUUCUUCGCCCUGUUUCCGUAUGUGGUAAUGACUAUCUUGUUGAUCAGAGGGGCGACGCUACCUGGAGCAAUCAAAGGGAUUGACUUCUAUAUCACACCCGACACCAGUAAACUGAAGGACUCCAAGGUGUGGAAAGAGGCGGCCUCGCAGAUUUUCUUCUCUCUGAGUUGUUGUACCGGAAGUCUGACCUACGGUAUCAUCAUUCCAGUGAUCAACUGCCUGACAAGUUUCUAUGUGGGCUUUGCCAUUUUCUCCGUCCUUGGGUUUAUGUCCCAAAAUACGGGUAUCGACGUUAAAGAUGUCGCAACCGAUGGCACCGGGCUUGUGUUUGUGGCGUUUCCAGAAGCUCUGUCGCAUAUGCCAGUGCCCCAGUUGUGGUCCGUACUGUUCUUUUUGAUGAUGAUAUGCUUAGGAAUGGGAACCCAGUUCCCCAGCGUGGAGACGGUACUCACGGCGCUGCAGGAUGAGUUUGAGGUGUUUAGAGGCAAGAAGUCCGCCUUUGCCUUCCGCGUUGGUGUUUGUAUACUUGGGUUCGUCCUGGGCUUACCCCAAACCACACAGGGAGGUAGUUACUUAAUGGAUCUCUGCAACAUUUUUGUGGGUUUUCCCCUUCUUCUGGUCGGGCUGCUGGAGUUCGUGUCCAUUGUUUGGAUUUACGGUGUUAAACGGUUUUCAGAAGAUAUUUUGCUAAUGAUGGGUGACUCGUACCCGAGGCGUGUCAUCUUCUAUUGUUACUACCUCUGGAACUGGGUUGUUGUAGCUCCACUAAUGAUUUUGGCCAUCAUUAUCUUUGAAUGCGUUGAUUAUACGCCAAUAACCAGCGACGAGUAUCCAGAAUGGGCGGAAGCUCUUGGGUGGAUUCUGGUGGCAUUCGUUAUGAUAUGGACGCCUGUGUGGUACGUGACUGCCUUCCUGGUCGCAUGGGCUAAACAAGGCUUUAAGGACGGAUUGAGGCUGCUUGCACGCUUGAAUCAACCAACACUAAAAUGGGGCCCGAAAGAGCCGGAGAAUAGGACCCUUGAACGUUACAGGCUGUAUCUGACCAAUGGCAGUGACAAACAAACCCCCUCACUUAAGAAGCCUCCGCCACAAAGCCCCGACAACUCUCAUUUGUCAGGACAACAAAAUACUAAUGCUCAUUUUGCAUUUACCUCAGAUGGACCAAAGAUUGUCACAAAACUGUAG